AUGCACGUCUUCCGCGUCACCAUCCUCGAGGGCCGCGGCUUCGGCGGCGAUCUCCAGGCGCUUAUUUGCAGCGCCCAGUUCGGCGGCGAGACGAAGACCACCGGCUACAGCGUCGGCGGCGACGCGCACGCCUGGGGCGCUACGCUGAUGUGGGCCGUGGAGGACCGCGGCCAGCUGCGGCGCCUGCAGGCGAGCGGUGCAAGCGGCUGCAAAGUCAGCGUGCUGAGGCGGGACGGCGUUAGGCUGGGCUGGGUGGUGCUUGACCUGCGGGACGCGAAGAUGCGCCAUCAGUACGGCAAGAAUGCUGAAGCCGAAUGGCUGCAGCUCAGCGGCUCCCGGCUGCAGGACGCCCCCAGGCUGCGUGUCGCGUACAGCUUUGGGGAGGACCCGCCCCUCGCCUCUCCCGAGAGCAGCACCUCCAGCCUCCUCCCCAUCACAGCCCCGCUAGGCGCCCCCGCCGCGGCGCCCGCCGCGGCCGCGCCGGCCGACGCGGCUAGGCCGCAGCGGCCGGGGAGCCUGCGGCGCCGCAGCGGCGGUGGCCGGGGCGUGGCGGAGGCGCAGCGUUGGGGCCGAGCGCACGUGGACGACGAAUGGGAGGAGCAGCGAGGGUUGUCGCUGGGGCGUCAGCAGCCAGAUCAGGAUUCUGCGGGCUCCACCGGGCUCAGCCUGAGAUCUGACCUGCCCAAGGAGCGAGAACGGCUGCAGACUGACGCCGGCGCGGGUGCCGGCGACGUGGCCGCCAGGGACGACGCGGGCGCCUCGCACGCGCCUGCUGCGGCUGGCGGCAGCGGGGGCGGCGCGCAGGCCGGUGCGGAGGCCGGCGCGGCGCAGGUGCAGGUUGUGGAGAAGGAGGAGCAGGAGGAGGAGGAGGAGGGGGUGAAUGAGCCACAGCAGCCACAGGAGAGCCAAGACGCAGAAUGGGCGGAGCACAGGCAGCGGGAGCGAGAGCAGCAGGAGCAGCAGGAGCAGCAGGAGCAGCAGGAGCAGAGGCAGGAGGAACCGCAGCAACGGCAUCAGGAACAGGGGCAGGAAAAGAAGCUACACGAGCUGCAGCACAAGCAAGAUCGACAGGCGGAACGAAUGGAUUUGCAGCAGCAGCAGCAGCAGCAGCAGCAGCAGCAGCAGCGGCAGCCGUCGCACCAGGCGUCGCCAGCGUCGCCACCCCGGCAACAGCAGCAGCAGCUUCAGCAGCAGCAGGGGCAGCCCCCCCACCAGGCGUCGCCGGCGUCACCACCACAGCAGCAGCAGCAGCAGCAGCAGCAGCAGCAGCAGCAGCAGCAGCAGGAGCAAAGGGCAGCGCAAGCUGUGGAGCGCGCAGAGGCGCCGCGUGACCCUGAGCGCCGCUUCUCCCUGUCCAUCGACGUCCGUAGCCUGCAGGCGGGGCGCCGCCUGCCCGUCAACCUGGCGACCGCCUACGUGCAGGCACACCUGCCCGCCGAGCUGCUGAGCUUCCUGGCCGCCUGCAACGCGCGCGUCCCGCCACGCGCGGCGCCGCUGCGGACGCGGCCGGCGGUAGAGAUUGCCCGUGGCAGCGAGGGCGCGCUGCCAAACGGCCACGUGUCCCUCGAAUUCAGCUGUGGCGUGAUGGCGCUGGCGUCGCUGCUGGGUGGGGAGCCGCGCCUGACCCUUGAGGCGUGGCACAAGGAGAGGUUUGGCGCGGACACGCUUCUGGGAGUGGCAUCCGUCCCGCUGUCAGCGCUGCUGCAGGAGGCCUGGGUGGACGGUUACGCGCCCGUCUUGGCGCUGAUGACGCGCGCGGGCGACGGCGCGCUGGCGGGGGCAGAGGAGCGCGUGCAGGCGGCGGAGGCGGCCGCGGCGCGGGGGGCGCCUGAGUACUUGGUGGCGUGGGAGCUGGAGGUGUGGAAGAAGGCGGAGGAGGCAAAGUGGCGGGCGGAGCUCAAGGAGCGCGAGCAGCAGCGUAUGGCGGCGCUGGAGGCGGAGUGGCGGCGGCGGGAGCGGGCGCGGGAGGGGGAGAUGGGCAGCCUGAGGGCGGAGUACGCGGGCCUGGAGGCCAGGGCGAAGCAGGUGCUGGCCGCGGCAGAGGGCCGCGAGGCGCGCCUGGUGGCGGCAGACGAGCAGCUGGCCCGGCGGCGCGCAGACCUCGAGCGCGAGCACGCGUCGCGCAUGGCGGAGGCGGAGGCGGCGGUGCGGCGCCUGCAGGUCGAGUGCGAGCACCAGCUGUCCAUUGAGCGCGACCGCUGCGCGGAGGCGGGCCGCCAGAGGGCCGCGGCGGAGGAGCGGGUGGUCGCGGCGGAGGCGCGGGCGGCGGCGUUGGAGGCGGCUUUCGCAGACUUCAGGCAGCAGCAGCGCGUGACGCCGGAGGGGGUGCUGCAGCAGCAGCUGGCCGAGGCGCGGCGCGAGGCCGAGAAGCAGGGGGAGAGGGCCGCCAAGGCACUGGCGGCGAAGAAGCGGUACAAGGAGCAGGCGCGCGGGGCGCGUGUGGUGCAGCUGGCCCGGGAGCUCGCCGCGCAGCACAAGGAGCGCCAGGCGCAGCAGCUGCAGCUCGAGGCCGCCGCCCGCGCCGCCGCCGAGUCCCGUCGCCGCGACGAGGAGGGCGCCGCCGCCGCGGGCCGCGAGGCAGCCGCGCUGCGCGCCGCGGCGGGGGAGCAGGCCGCGCUCGCGGCGGCGCGGCGCGCUGAGCUGGCGGGGCUUCACGAGCAGCUGCGGCGGCUCAAGGACGACGUGCUUGCCGCCGGUGACGAUUGGGAGGAGGCGGCGCAGCAUCGCGCCGCCCGGGCGGACGCAGCAAGGGAUGAGGAGGACGAUCGAAGUCAUAGUCCCCGGAGAUCGGCGCCGACAGGUGAGGGCGAGAGAGUUGACGGUGAACUUCCCGGUGACGCGGGCGACGAUCUGUGGCAGGUGGUGGACCUGCUGAGCUCGCCGCGGCGGCGGCGGCGGCUGCCGACGGGGCCGAGGGCGGCGAGCCCAGCGGGCGCACAGGAGGGCGGCGGCAGCUGCGGGCCGGACGCAGCCUUGGGAUCGGGCGCGGACCAGGCUGCAGGGCCCCAAACGGGCCGGCGCCCGGCUGGAGAUGGCGGCGGCGGCGGCGGCAGCACGAGCAAGGGCGGCGGGGCCAGCGGUGCGAGCAAGGCCGGCGGCGGCGGCCCCGGGGACGGCGGCCCCGGCGGCGGCGGAAUGGGCGAGGUGGUGCGCCUGCUCAAGGAACGUGCCGAGCUGCUGAGCACUGGGCUGUACUCCCGGGAGGAUGACGUCAUCAGGGAGCUGGACGGGCGCAUAGCGCAGCUGGCCGCAGCCGGGUAG